UCGUUUCCGGAAGUCGUUCCAGCCGGACGGCGUUUCCACGGACGCCCAGGAGGCUGAACCAGUGCUGCCGAGUGCCGUCGGCCCCGCGUGGGCUGCGCGUCCCGACCCCUGAGCAGCCCCUGCGCAGCCCAGCGGCGACCGGCUUCGGGACAUGGCGGACGAGCAGGGCUGCGCCUCCGGGCUGGAGCUGUUCCACGGCAUCACCGCCCAGGCGGAGCGCGUGAGGGCCCUCAAGGCGGGGCAGGCGUCCAAGGAUGACGUGGACUCCGCAGUCAGGCUGCUGCUGUCACUGAAGAUGGCCUACAGAGCCGCCACCGGGGAGGACUACAAGGUCGACAGCCCUCCCGGGGACCGGGCGCCCGCGGGCGACAGCGCCACGGAAGCCGAGGAGGACUUCGUGGACCCGUGGACGGUGCAGACGAGCAGCGCGAAGGGCGUCGACUACGACAAGCUCAUCGUUCGAUUUGGAAGCAGUAAAAUCGACAGAGAGCUGGUGAACCGGAUCGAGAGAGCCACGGGCCAGAAACCACACCGCUUCCUGCGCAGAGGCAUCUUCUUCUCUCACAGGGACAUGAACCAAGUGCUCGACGCCUACGAGAACAAGAAGCCGUUCUACCUGUACACGGGCAGGGGCCCCUCCUCCGAGGCCAUGCACCUGGGCCACCUCAUCCCCUUCAUUUUCACCAAGUGGCUGCAGGACGUGUUCAACGUGCCCCUGGUCAUCCAGAUGACGGACGACGAGAAGUACCUGUGGAAGGACCUGACCCUGGACCAGUCCCACGGCUAUGCCGUGGAGAACGCCAAGGACAUCAUCGCCUGCGGCUUCGACAUCAACAAGACCCUCAUCUUCUCCGACCUCGACUACAUGGGGUCGACCCCAGCCUUCUACAAGAACGUGGUGAAGAUUCAGAAGCACGUGACCUUCAACCAAGUGAAAGGCAUUUUCGGCUUCACGGACAGUGACUCCAUCGGGAAGAUCAGCUUUCCCGCCAUCCAGGCCGCGCCCUCCUUCAGCAACUCCUUCCCCCACAUCUUCGGAGCCAAGUCGGAUGUGCAGUGCCUCAUCCCCUGCGCCAUCGACCAGGACCCGUACUUCAGGAUGACGAGGGACGUGGCCCCCAGGAUCGGCUACCCCAAGCCGGCGCUGCUGCACUCGACCUUCUUCCCGGCGCUGCAGGGGGCGCAGACCAAGAUGAGCGCCAGCGACGCCAACUCCUCCAUCUUCCUCACGGACUCGGCCAGGCAGAUCAAGGACAAGGUCAACAAGCACGCGUUCUCCGGAGGCAGAGACACCAUCGAGGAGCACAGGCAGCUCGGGGGUAACUGCGACGUGGACGUGUCCUACAUGUACCUGACCUUCUUCCUGGAGGACGACGACAAGCUGGAGCAGAUCAGGAAGGACUACUCCAGCGGAGCCAUGCUCACCGGCGAGCUCAAGAAGGAGCUCAUCGAGGUGCUGCAGCCCCUGAUCGCGGAGCACCAGGCCCGGCGCAAGGAGGUCACGGACGAGAUAGUCCGAGAGUUCAUGACUCCCCGGAAGCUGUUCUACGACUUCCAGUAACGCCCAUUCGACCUGCUCACCCCUCCUGACCGCCCCAGCCCAGCAGCCCCCCGCUGCGCCAGGCCCCGCCCCCGGCCGUCACUGGGCCUGGCGUCGGGGAGUCCCAUGUGUCUGCCAACACUGUCCUGCCUGCGAAUGUCACCCCUGCUGUCUCUCGAGGACAGACCCCUGUGCACUGCCUGGGUGCCGGGGGCGGGGCCCGUCCCCCCGGAGUCUCUCCCGUAAGGCAGCCCCGGGACACGGAGUCCGGGGCGCCGCUGUCCGCUGGCCAGCCUGCUCCGGCCCAGAGGAGGAGCCCCAUCUGAAAACAUCUGCGGUUGCAAACGGACCCGCACAGCCUGCCGGCAAAGAGCCUGUGUUCUGUGGGCGCACACCCGGGGUCCGGGCGCCACCGCCAUAAAACCGGAAGGUGCUCCCGAUGGUGAGGUGGGGAGUGUGAUGGGCACAGAGGCGUCUCAGCCCAUCGCCCCCGACACCAAACACACCGCUGGCGAGAGCCGCGCUGUGCGCGUGCCUGAGAGGCCGCCCGGCCGGAGAGCCACAAAACACCGGGUUUCGGCUAGCACGGGCCACGUCGAUUAAACAGAGUCCUUGUGGGAGAGACGUCCGGCUUACUUUCUCUGGACCACACGUGUCCCCAGAAGUCACGCCCCCGUCCCUGGCCCACCUGGUGCUGUCCGCCUCGGCCCCAGAACCCUGCGCACUGACACUCCACCCCGAGAGCCGGGCAGCGCCUGUCACCUCUGCAGACGCUUUGGUCUCGACACUUGCCUGGCGCAGCGGUCUGCGGGGGCGAGGGGCGUGGCUAGAGAGCACGCAGCGGCCCAAGUCGGCAGUACGCCCGCCUGCACGGUUGGGAAAGCCCCCCGGGGAGGGGCGGGGUCCACUCCUGAGCACCCUACCCCCUUGUUGCUUGUUGGCCUAAAUAAACUUCCUGUG